GUGUACACGUACACGAAAAUUGUAAACAAGCGAUCGACGCGCUCCUCACGUCCCCCCUGUCGAACCGUUCGGCGAAUUGUAUCGUUAUCCUUUGUUCGACAGCCAGUUUGAGUUGAGACUCGGUAAGCGGCGCAGCACUCUCUUUUUCGAUUUGCACUAGUUCUCGAUGUUUCUUUCCAAAUAUACACGAAAAUAAAAUAAUGUCGGUUCGUGUUUUAAACGAAAUCAUCAUUCCGUAAUGCGCUGUGUUUCCCACAAUAUGGAGAAAUAGAUAAAAAGAACUGAAGGGUUUCAGUGGUCGCCUUUCAACCGUGUAAAUUGCAGCGCCAUUUUUAUUUCUCCAUCGAAUCCUUUCGACCCUUUCCGUGUGGGAUUCUAUUUAUACCUUGUGCAUAUUUAAACGUGCGAGUAUAUACAGGCAUGUACAAUUUUCGUACUGCGAGAACGCCAGUCUCGUAGGAAAUCUCAAUUAGACCGGCCGUUACUCUCGAUUUAACAUUAUUAGCUCGAACUCGUGUUUUUACAUAUCUGUAUACAUUAAUACGUGCCCGCACAGAUGAUCGAAGCGGUUCGUGGAUUCGUCUCGUUCAAUGUGAAUAUGUAUGCAGUUAUACCGAUCGGGUCAAGAGCGUUUAAAGCUCGAUUAUUACGUGCUAUAUAUAGACAUACACAUUGUCCGUGUAUCUCAAACAUUUCUGUGCAACGAUCGCACUCGGUUCCAUGCCUAUAUAUUCGUAUGCACGAAGCGCGCAGCGUGCUAAAUGCAUAAAAGUAUAUUUUAUGGCUCGUGCUCGUUUUGCUCUCGUUAAAACGUUCUUGUCGCGUAUUUUCGUAGGCGCAGAAUACUCCUCCAUAAACACAACGCUUCAGCUUCCCUCUUGCUAUCCUUCGACUGUUGUUAUUAUUAUUUAUUGCACUCGCAUUUUAUUCAGAAUUUACGAUUCUGUGCGAGCCUCUAUUCUUGCACAAUUUUUAACUUUUUUAUUUUUCAACCUACUCCGCGAAAUGUCGAAUAUUUCUUAUUUAUUUUUCCAUGUUGUGAAUUAUUUAAAAACAAUUAUUAUUAUUUAUUAUUUUCGGAAAAUUACGAGAAAUAUAUUCUGUAAUGUUGGUACUCCUUCGUUCCAUCGAAUAAUUUUUUUUCAAUGUCUUUUUGUGUUUGAAUGUUGUUUUUUUUCCUGUGCCUGUCUUCGAACUUUCAAUUAUGUCUUGUUUUACUGUGCCUCAUUUCGGUCACGUCUCAUCUCAAGUAAUUUAAAUUCUAUGUGUAAUUUUGUAUAUUCGUUUGAACUUUUAAUGGAAAUAAUUCCCAGCGAAAGUUGUUGCUUUUUCGGUAUUUCGCGGAGGCCCCGGCAACGUGGGUGGCUCGCUGCUCGCUUCAUAGACGUCAAUGACGAAGCAUCCUCGACGACAAGACUCCGCGCUUGCGAGCGGUUCUUAAUCUCUUUCAGAGAGCGAGAGAGAAACGAGCAUUAUGCUGGGUAUUUCGCUAAUCUCUUCUCGACCGAGGCAAAUUCAACGCACGAAAAGAAGGAAAGAGAAAGACGAAGAGCCUGCGAGCUCUCGUGCGGAGGAUCAGACCAGAUAACCCACGCCCUUAUCAACGUUCUCGCUUAUAAUUAGAGAAAAUGCGGUGGUUUUUACCAUGGAGAUUCAUAAGACGAGGACAACGUGAAGGAUCGACAGGGGGAGAUGAAAACGAACGGAUAUUCCAUCCUGAAGAACCUCUUCGACAAAAGUUUCCACGAAUUUUAUCGAAAAAGUGGCUCGCAGUUGAGCGAAGGGACGAAAAAUCCGAGUGGAGUUAUAGAAAACUGAAGUUUCGUUGAACGGAGCUAGUCGCCGGAUUUUUAUUCAAUGAACGACCCCGCGGCGUUAUACGUCACCAUAAAUUUUGACAGUUGACGGGCUCCGGUGAGUGUCGGACUGCAAAUGGCCUGGUGCGUUGGAACUGUUGCGUCAGUUGGUCGGAUCCGUGCGGUGGAAUUUCGGAAGGCAAAAGUGUGACGCACGUGGAGCAUCUGGCCGGCAAAAGGAUGUUUCUGAUCCUCUUCUCUCGACGCGACUCCACUCUAUGAUGAAACGGAACAGCGUCCUGGCAGUGGAUUCUCUAAAUAUUGCCAGCCUCGCCUCUUUUUUCGCCACUCAUGCGCUCGCCCCUCCUCGGUCUCUCUUAAUCCGCAGAGAGAAAACACGUCCGACGAUUUUCCGUUGGGCUCUGUCGCGGCUGCUCGUGACCGAGGGCACACUCCGCCGAGUAAACUCGUCGAAUCUUCAUCGCGCUCUAUAUACGAAGCCACGAAAUUACGGGGCUCGAGGUUGCCGAAGAAACGAAGCCAGCUGAGCGCGACUCUCGGCUACGAAAAUAAGAACGGCGCGCCACCCCUUUCCUCCUCGUUCUCGACGCUCCCUUUCUCAAUCUCGAUCUCGCUCCACGCUUUUCUUCCCUUUUCAUUACUUUUCUCACUCUCUCUCCGACCGUUUUUCUGCCCCAACCUCACUCAGCACGGUUCUCAUGUCCACAAUGAAAACGGGCUCGUCCGCUCUCCGCGUGUACUGCGGAUAAAAGAAAGUAGUUUAAUCAACCAAAUUGCUCUGGGAAGCACGUCCAAUGUAAUAUUUAGUUACGCCUCAAUAUUUAGUUCAUCAAAACACGAUUGCUGUGUUGAUUCGACUAAAUCCGAGGCAUCAGUGGCAGUAGAAUCGAUCGCGGAAGAAGUUCGAUCUUGCCCACGUCUCGUUGGAUCACAGCCCCAAAUAGCUAUCCUCAAGUUGCGACGACGCUGAAGUUUCCAACGUUGGAGUCCAACGAAAUGAACGAAAAAAACGUUUGAAAUUCACCAAUUUUUUAUUUCACGAAUUGUUGGUGCAGCUUGAGAAACUACGAAUCGCAAAUUUAGCAGGGAACAAAAUAGGAGAAUUACUGGAAUUAUUGGAGAGAUUUUUUUCGAUCAUUUCGUUGGAGUCCAACGUUGGAAACUUCAGCGUCAUAAGUUGCGCUGGUUCCGUCCCGUUUUAUCAGAAGAAGGAGCCAAUCUUUUGACUCUUCGCUUUGCUUCCAUAAACCCUCUUUCGAUUUAUAAUUUCCCGCCUCUUUUUAUCUCAACCGUUUUCGCAGUAAUACAAUGCUCUCCAUUUAGUUCCCUUUUCAUGCUGCGUCUGCAGUGCCCAAACAAAUUUCAACGGUCCAACAGUCCGCAUUGAAGUGCCCGCCACUUCCGGGAGCAGUUCUUUUGUAUUUUUCUCAUACACGAUCUCUCCCGCCGUGUUCUGUCCACCCUCGACUUACGGUGACUGGACCUCGUGCUCAGCGAUCCCUCCCUCGCACCGGUUCGGAGUCAAAGGGCACUCGAAAGCCAAAAAAACUCUCCAAAUGUCCCCUCGAUCUCUCAUCUGUAUCUGGAAAUUCGUUCACGUUGAAUUAGGGUGUGGAUUUUACUGCCGGAAACGAGUUAGGGUUGCACGGACGGUCGUUGUACGCCGACCAGUUGCAGGCUCAAGGUGCCAAACCGCCCGACAGACUCGAGCCCGGCGGCGAGAAUCAGGCUGAGGAAAAUUGACGCCACUUUUUCUGUCCCUAAGCGAUUGCGUGACCUCCGAAACUGCGUCAGGGCCUGCGACAAAGUUUUUCAACAUUCCAAUCAAUUUUCGGCUUGCCGAGCAUUCAAAUCGACUGUGAGGCUGAGAGGUUUCGGUGGGCACGAAGGAUUUUGACGAGUGUUGGGGCUUUUAGUGGAUAAACUUCGCAAGAGUUUGGGGCUGGGCUGGCAGGAGGCAAGAAUACCGGAGAGAAUAAUAACGAAGGUUUUGAUCGAUAAACUCCGAGGAUUCUUUCCGACCGCGAAUACUCUCCGAAUAUACUGAGCCCCGAAAACCCCUUUUGCUUUGAGCCGCCAGAAUAUUCGUGACGUUUAUAUGGAUAUGGAAAUCAGCAGCGGUUUAAAAAAUGUGUACAACGCAGGCUUUGUGUUGGCGAACGACUCGCGUCCCAAUUCCGGAGUUGGUAUAAAAAUGAAAGGAGCGCAUUAAAGCGUACGUGCGGCACAGAGUCGAGGACUCGAUACGUCGGGAGUGUCGCAUGCGUGCAUACUUGAACUCCGGCGCCGCUGGUUUUACAUUUUUUCUCAUUUUUUCCUCUUGCUCGCCUCCCUCCCUUUAAUCUUCUCGUUUGAGGGCGAGCUCUCCGUUUUAUCUCUCUCUCUCUCUUUAUCUCCGGAGCAAUUGUCCCCUUUGUGGCAGACAGUAAAUGGUCAUUUCACUCUCGACAUUACACUUUUCCAGCUUCCUUCGCUUUCGGUACUUUGCCUCCAUCGCUUUUUCACCCUUUUUCUCCCCCGUGCCUUUGUCUCUCCUCAGACUCGAUUCUCCUCCGACCACGAACGCUCGUUCACCUCGUCCGAUCAGCGCGUUAUUAUUCCGACGGAUAAUCGGUCCCACGGAUUUUCCAGAUCCCCAUUGACGACGUCGCCGGUUCGCUCAAUUUUCUCGGGGCCCCGAGCCCGGCGCCGCUUUCGUUCCCAGGCGCCUCCCGCCCCCGCGUUUCCUCAGUUUUUUGCGCACUUCUCCGCAGCUUCCGGAAGCUCCGCUUCUCCUCGUUCGGCGCCCUGGAGAAAAUUACGCUGAUUUUCCCGUUGGAGCGUCCAAAGUUUUUCAUCCUCGUUUCUCGAGCAGUGGAAAGCACUCUCGAGGUUGAGCACCGCCGGGCACGCGACCUGGUCCAUCCUCGGCGCUUACGCGGAUCCGAUUCUAUUCCCGGCUCCUCAACAAUGGGCCGCGCACUCCCGCCGUCUGCGAGCCCCGAGCCUUCCCUCUGCUCUGGCUGCGACUUGAACAUGCUCGAAUUCGCGGAUUUCGACUACGGAGAUUAUUGAAUGGACGAACCACAAGGUGAAGCAGGAAAGAAGAAACGGGGACGAAUUUACGUUUCAAAAUAUUUGGGAAUCCGCUCGGCCCCCUCGCUCUUCCAACUUCUCCGAGAACAUGGCGAGGAUCAUCGGGGAUAAAAUAUCACGUUUGCGAGGGAAACGAGCAACGAGGAAAAAUAAUGGAUUUUUAAGGAUGAUCGAUCAUCAGGGUAAAUUGCACAGUCGAGCAUUUUCCAGCGCCGAAUACACGUCGUUUAUGGAAAAAGAUCGACCGGAAGUGCCGUGAACACGGUUUUCCUCGCCCAAAAUUCAAGAUUAUUCAUUAAGAUGAUGGAUCAGUCGGUAAUCACACCUCGAAUUUUUGAAAUUGAAACUCUUUGACAUCGUUCGUCCGAUUAAAAUAAUAAAAAUGUCAUCGUACGCAGCACGAUCGC